AUGAAUUCCCCCCCCACACACACACAAGCACGGAUACUUGAGGACACGGAACAUGCGGUGGUGCGGGGUCGUGCACUUCCUGUGGAGCCGCACGCGUCCGCCAGCCCAAUGGCGCCGCACUGCACACUCCGCCACAGCACCACUCCACCGCUGUGCUCCACAGAGCACCGCAACAAUAAACAAACAACGUUUAAGCAACGGGUGGCACACAACCCCGUGGAAAAAGAGGCCGAAGCCCAAAACAAAGAAGGAGAUGAUGUACGCCCAACAACGGGCAGCCGCCACGCAUUCCUACAAGAGCCAGGGUGCACAAAGUACACACACACAGUCGCGGAGCCACACAAGGGCAAGCAAUAA